CUUCUCGUCUGACAUUAAAAAAAAGAGAGGAAAAUCCCCAGGUUAGGUUUUGACUACCCCUCGCCGGAACCCCGCACCGCGUCUCCGGCGGCCGUCAGCAGCGGCGGCGAUCCGGCGUGCGCGCCUCCUCCCCCGCCGCCCCUUCUCCGACCUAGAUCUCGCCCGCGGGACGCAUGAAGGAGCCCCGUAUCGGCUAGAUCUAGGAGCCUUUCUGUCGGUGUCAUGCAGCCCGGCGGGCCCCCCUCCGGCAGCUCGCGGAGCUCUCCGGCGACGUCGCCUCGGACCGAGCAGCAGCAGCCGCCCACGCCGUCGCAGCAGCAGCAGGCGCAGGCGCAGCGCCUUUAUGGCGGCUUCCUGCCCCCAACGGCAAUGACGCAUCACCAUGAACAACAACAGCAGCAGCAACAGCAAUCGUACCAGCCCGGUGCGCAGCAUGGUAUGAUGGGAGGUGGCGGCGGCGGCAGCGGCGGCUUCCCUCAGUCGUCAGGCCCAAUGCCGCCGUUCCAGGGUCAGAGGAACCUGCCCCACCCUGGUGGACCUCAGGGCAUGGUUGCUGGUCAGCAGCACAACCAGAACACAAUUCAGCAGCAACAGGCAUACAUGCAGUUUCUGAUCCAACAGCAGAAAUCCCAUGGGAUGCACCUGCAGCAACAGGCCAAAAUGAAUAUGGCAGGACCAUCUUCUAGGGACCAGGAUGUUGCUGCCAACCCUGCGAAGAUGCAGGAGCUUAUGUCCCUCCAGGCCCAGGCCCAGGCCCAGAUGUUGAAGAGACCGUCUGAGCAUCUUCAACAGGCGGAGAAGCAGACAGAGCAGGGGCAGCCGGGCAGUAGUGAGCAAAGGGGCGGUGAUAUGAGGCCUCCUAUGCCACCACAAGGAGUCCCUGGGCAGCAGAUGUCAUCAGCGAGCAUGGUUAGGCCGAUGCAGCCAAUGCAAGGCCAAGCGGGCACUGGCAGCAUUGGUGGUAACCCUUUAACAAUGGGCCACUAUCAGCUUAUCCAUGCCUGGGCAAAGGAGCAGAACAUUGACCUUUCUAAUCCUGCAAAUGCAAAUCUCAUUUCUCAAAUCUUACCCAUGUUGCAGUCCAGGAUGGCCGCCAUGCAGAAGCAGAACGAGGCAAGCAUGGCUGCACAGCAGCAGCAGAAUCAACAAAUGCCGCCUAGGCAGGUGAACAGCGAUGCCCCAGUGAAUGGGAAUAUUUCUGGUCAAGCUCCAUUGAAGCCACGGCAGUCUCUCCCCCCUAGUUCUUCGGUUUCUGUUGGAGUAGAGACUAAGAUGAUGAAUCCGAGCAACUUGCAGAUGCAGCAACAGAUAUCUGCCCACAACAGGGAAAUCUCAAACGAGAGGGCGGUGAGGCCACCCAUGCCAGUGGGUAAUGUUGGGCAAAUGAUGCAUAUGGCCCAAAGUUCUGGACAUGUGAAUAAGAUUUCUGAGCAGCCCAAUCCAAAGAAUGCUCUGGUGAGCUCAGAAGCGAUGCAGAUGCAGUAUGCAAGACAGCUGCAGCAGACUAACCGAGCUACCACCCCUACAGCAACUCCUGUUGAAACAGGAGGAUCACAGGCCCCACCUCAAGGUGCUCGGCCACAUUCGGGUUUCACAAAACAUCAACUUCAUGUACUUAAAGCUCAGAUAUUAGCUUUUCGGCGUCUCAAGCGUGGUGAUCGUACACUCCCAUCAGAAGUUCUUGAAUUGAUCAUGUCUCCUCCGCCACCGCCAUCUGACUCACAGGCGCAGCUGGUCUCUGUACCUUCAGUAACACUGAAUCGUGAAAGGUCUGCUCCAGUCAGUGCUGAUGAACAUGGAAAGGCCAUGGAAAGUAGUGAUAAAGCUCCUGAAAAACCUCCAAUGUUGAAAGGCCCCAGUUUACCCAAGGUGGAGGUUUCUGCUUCAGAAGACAGAACUAGUUCUGCUAGUGGUCCCAUGCAAGUGAUGAAAGCUUCGCCCAAGGAGCCUCUUAGAAUUGGACCAGUUUCAGUACCUGAACAAAGUAACACCAGUCUGGUUAAAUCUGAGCAGGAACAAGAAAGGGGUAUCCAGAGAACACCUGGGAGAAGUGAUCACAGUAAUGAAAGGGGGAAAUCUUUACCGUCUGAAAGUGGUCCAGCAGACGCUGAGCAGGCAAAAAGAGCUGCCUCUACAAGCAGCGCACCAUCUCCCAGGGAUGUUCCCAGAAAAUAUCAUGGACCACUAUUUGAUUUCCCGUCCUUCACUAGAAAACAUGAUUCAUUGGGCGGUGCAAAUUACAAUGGUAGUCUCGCACUUGGUUAUGAUGUGAAAGAUUUGUUGGCCCAGGAAGGCAUGAUUGUUCUUGGCAAGAAACGAGAGGAUAACUUGAAAAAGAUCAGUGGCUUGCUUUCAAUUAAUCUAGAGAGGAAAAGGAUCCGACCAGAUCUUGUAUUGAGAUUACAGAUUGAAGAAAAAAAGCUGAAACUCCUUGAGCGUCAGGCUCGUAUGAGGGAUGAAGUUGAAGAGGUGCAACAAGAAAUAAUGGCAAUGCCUGAUAGGAUAUACAGAAAGUUUGUCAAGCAAUGUGAACGUCAACGUGUUGAGCUGAUAAGGCAAGUUCAGCAGAUGCAAAAGGCCUCAAGAGAGAAGCAGCUGAAAUCCAUUUUCCAGUGGCGCAAGAAGCUUUUGGAAGCACAUUGGGCUAUUCGUGAUGCACGAAUAACACGUAACCGGGGGGUAGCCAAGUACCAUGAAAGGAUGUUGAGGGAAUUCUCAAAGAAAAAGGAUGAUGAUCGAAGUAAAAGAAUGGAGGCACUAAAAAACAAUGACGUGGAAAGAUAUCGUCAAAUACUGUUGGAACAACAAACUAGUGUUCCUGGUGAUGCAGCUCAAAGAUACAAUGUUCUAUCUUCAUUCUUAUCCCAGACUGAAGAGUACCUUUAUAAACUUGGAGGAAAAAUUACUGCUGCCAAGAAUCAGCAACAAGUAGAAGAGGCAGAAAAUAAUGCUGCAGCAGCUGCACGUGCACAGGGUCUUUCUGAAGAAGAAGUGAAGGCUGCUGCACAAUGUGCGGGUCAGGAGGUUAUGAUAAGGAACACCUUCUCUGAGAUGAAUGCACCAAGGGAAAACACUUCUGAUAACAAGUACUAUACUUUGGCUCAUGCUGUGAGUGAGAAAGUUACAAAGCAGCCGUCACUUUUGCGAUUAGGCACUUUAAGGGACUACCAGCUGGUGGGCCUUCAGUGGAUGCUUUCAUUGUACAAUAAUAAGUUGAAUGGCAUCUUGGCUGAUGAGAUGGGUCUUGGCAAGACUGUACAGGUUAUGGCUUUGAUUGCAUACUUGAUGGAAUUUAAAGGGAAUUAUGGACCACAUCUCAUAAUAGUGCCAAAUGCUGUCUUGGUCAAUUGGAAGAGUGAACUGCUAAACUGGUUACCAUCUGCAUCUUGCAUCUUCUAUGUUGGUGCAAAGGAUCAAAGGCAAAAGCUGUUUUCUCAAGAGGUUUUGGCUGUGAAAUUUAAUGUUCUUGUAACAACAUAUGAAUUUGUUAUGUUUGAUCGUUCCAAGCUUUCAAGAAUUGAUUGGAAGUAUAUUAUAAUUGACGAGGCCCAACGAAUGAAGGACAGAGAGUCUGUCUUGGCCCGUGAUCUUGAUCGCUAUCGUUGCCAGCGGCGUCUCCUUCUCACUGGCACUCCUCUACAGAAUGAUCUCAAGGAGCUUUGGUCCCUUCUGAAUUUGUUGCUACCUGAAGUGUUUGACAAUCGCAAAGCAUUUCAAGAUUGGUUCUCAAAGCCUUUUCAGAGGGAUGCUCCUACACAUAGCGAAGAAGAUGAUUGGUUGGAGACCGAGAAGAAAGUGAUUAUUAUUCACAGGCUGCAUCAAAUCUUGGAACCUUUUAUGCUGCGUAGACGAGUCGAGGAUGUCGAAGGCUCACUCCCACGGAAGGAAUCUAUUGUUUUGAGAUGCAAAAUGUCUGCGAUUCAAGGCACUAUAUACGAUUGGAUCAAAUCCACUGGCACCAUUAGGGUGGAUCCUGAAGAUGAGAAAAUACGUAUUCAGAGGAAUCCAAUGUACCAGGCCAAGACAUAUAAGAAUCUCCAAAACAAAUGCAUGGAGCUGAGGAAAGUUUGUAACCACCCUUUGCUGUCAUAUCCUUUUAUGAAUUACUACGGGAAAGAUUUUAUUAUCAGAUCUUGUGGGAAGUUGUGGAAUCUUGAUAGAAUUCUAAUUAAGCUUCAUAGGUCUGGUCACCGUGUACUCCUCUUUAGCACGAUGACUAAACUUCUUGACAUCCUGGAGGACUAUUUGCAAUGGAGGCAACUUGCUUACAGACGAAUUGAUGGAACAACUAGCUUGGAAGACCGUGAAUCAGCAAUUGUUGACUUCAAUAGGCCUGGUUCCGAGUGUUUCAUAUUCUUGCUUAGCAUUCGUGCUGCCGGCAGAGGCCUGAAUCUUCAGAGCGCAGACACUGUUGUAAUUUAUGACCCUGAUCCGAAUCCACAAAAUGAAGAACAAGCAGUUGCCAGGGCCCAUCGUAUAGGGCAGACUAGGGAGGUAAAGGUUAUUUAUAUGGAGGCUGUUGUUGAUAACAUCUCAAGUUAUCAGAAAGAGGAUGAAUUGAGGAAUGGUGGCAGUGGAGAUUUGGAGGACGAUCUUGUUGGAAAGGACAGAUACAUGGGUUCAAUUGAAAGUCUCAUCCGCAACAAUAUCCAGCAGUACAAAAUCGAUAUGGCAGAUGAAGUCAUUAAUGCUGGCCGUUUUGAUCAAAGAACGACCCAUGAGGAAAGGCGCAUGACUUUGGAGACCCUACUGCAUGACGAAGAGAGGUAUCAAGAAACUCUUCAUGAUGUUCCUUCACUACAGGAAGUUAAUCGUAUGAUUGCUCGGACUGAAGAUGAAGUCGAGCUCUUUGAUCAGAUGGAUGAAGAAUUCGAUUGGACAGGAGAUAUGAUGAAACAUAACCAGGUUCCAAAGUGGCUCCGAGUUAGCUCUACAGAGCUUGAUUCUGUUGUGGCGAGUUUAACUAAAAAGCCUAUGAGAAAUGCGUCUGGUGUCAGUGUUCCUGACACCACUGAAAAACUUGAGAAAAGAAGGGGGAGGCCAACGGGGUCUGGUAAGUACUCCAUCUACAGGGAGUUUGAUGAUGAUGAAGAUGAUGAGGAGUCUGACGAAGACUCUGAAGAGAGGAAUACACCAUCUCUCCCUGAAGAAGAUGAAGCAGGAGAUUAUGAAGAUGAAGAUGAAAAUGAUGAUAACAAGGAUCAAUCAGAGGAAGAGGAACCUAUAAAUGAUGAUGGGUAUGAUUUUCAACAUGGCGUGGGGAGAGGAAAAGCUCACAAAUCUGAAGAAGCUGGUUCUACAGGAUCUUCAUCUGGAAGCAGGAGAUUACCACCACCUGCCCCUUCUUCUUUGAAAAAGUUGAAGUCUCUAUCUGCAUUAGAUGCCCGCCCAGGCACUUUUUCAAAAAGAACUACAGAUGACCUAGAGGAAGGCGAGAUUGCAUUAUCAGGGGACUCGCAUAUGGAUCUACAGCAAUCAGGCAGCUGGAACCAUGAACGGGAUGAUGGGGAAGAUGAACAGGUGCUGCAACCAAAAAUAAAACGAAAAAGGAGUAUCCGUAUUCGUCCAAAACCAAAUGCAGAAAAACAGGAAGAUAGAUCUGGUGUCGAUGUUACCUUCUCCCAACGGGGUGCUCGGCUUGCAUUCCCAGGAGAUGGUGAUUAUGAUUCACAGUUAAAGUCUGAGCAAGAGGUCCAUGCUUUUGUGGAUCCUACCUCCAGGCAGCAAGACACAAUUCAUCCAAUAGUGAAGCAGAAGCGUAACAUGCCAUCUAGAAAGGCCUCUCCUGCUUCUAGGGUGGGGAAAUCCACUCACUUGUCUGGGUCUGGCGAGGCAUCUGCCGAACAGUCCAAGGAAAAUUGGAGCAAGAAGAAGGUCAUCGAUUCUGCUGGUCCGGAUUCUGGUGGCACGAAGAUGUCUGACAGCAUGCAAAGAAAGUGCAAGAAUGUAAUAAGCAAGCUUUGGAGGAGGAUUGACAAAGAGGGCCACAAAAUGAUACCAAAUAUAGCUUCUUGGUGGCGAAGGAAUGAAAAUUCCUCGUCCAAAGGUGUGGCUGGCAACAACCUUGACUUGCAGAAAAUUGAACUGCGAGUUGAUGGAUUUGAGUAUGGCGGUGUAACCGAGUUCAUAGCGGACAUGCAACAGAUGUUGAAAAGCGUGGUUCAACAUUUCAACUACAGAAUUGAGGUCCGAGUAGAAGCCGAGACUCUCAGUACCUUAUUUUUCAAUAUAAUGAAGAUUGCCUUCCCAGAUUCUGACUUCACGGAGGCUAAGAGUACUAUGUCAUUUUCAAAUCCCGGAGGAGGUGCAAGUAGCAUUGCCGCUCCAUCAGCAAAGCACUCAGCUUCAGGCAAUAAGCGCCGUUCUACCACCAGUGAAGCAGAGCAGCAUGGUUCUGGUAGUGGCAAGCAUAACCAGCGUCCAUCCGUUGGCGAGGCUCCUAGCCGGGCCAAGUCUGAGCGGGACUCGAGGCAUUCUGGACCAGGCAGCAGGGACCAGCUCCUUGAUAGCGCAGGGCUGUUGCCGCACCCUAGUGAUCUAUUCAUAGUCAAGAAGAAGAGACAAGAACGGGCGAGAACCAGCAUCGGGUCUCCAUCCAGUUCAGGUCGAGUUGGACCGCUCUCCCCAACCAACACAGGGCGGAUGGGCCCAGUGCCCUCACCCAGAGGUGCCAGGACGCCGUUCCAAAGGGACCCUCACCCAUCUCAGCAAUCCUUGCCUGGAUGGGGCGCCCAUUCGGAUCGUGGUGGAAGCUCAUCUCCUGGCAUCGGAGACAUCCAGUGGGCCAAGCCGGCAAAGAGACAGAGGACCGACAGUGGCAAAAGGCGGCCAAGCCAUAUGUGAUGUACAUAAUAUCUCCAGCAUCCGCCUUCCUGUGGUUUUGUAGGCACCCAGUUCACCUCCAUGCAUCAUCACCAUGUGUUGUAAUUCUUCUUUGUAUGUUGGUGUUUAUUUUGUUUACUUAUAAUUUACUGUAAAGAGGAACUCUUCUUAGUCUUGUUAUGUAUCCAGGUAGCGCAACAUGAGAGAAUGCAUUCUGAUGUCAGAGGAGCGAUGAAAUGAAAUGAGUCGAUUUUAAUAAUCAAUGGAUAGAUCAGUUAUCCCAUGUUGUAUAUUUCGUGACCAAGCAUUUUUGCUGAAAGUUACCAGCAACUUUUUUUUGCUG